AACCUCAAUUUUCUUGUAAUCAAAAUAAAAAGAAAACACACAGUCAUGUCGAAAAAUAAUCAUUAAUUAGGGAAUUAACUGAUUAAAUAAGGAAAUCAAACAAAUAGAGUGCUCAAAAAUGCCGAGUAUUCUUGGUGGUGGUCUUUCCGGGCUCUCUGCAGCUUUCUAUUUGCUCCAGAAGGGUGUUUCCGGGAGGCAAAUUCAGCUCUUUGAAGCUUCAGCACGGUAUGGAGGAUGGAUUAAAUCAGUGCAGCAGAAAGGUGGUGAAUUUAUCUUUGAAUGUGGGCCACGAACAAUCCGUCCUGUUGGGGAGAGUGGUAGAAAUACCCUCGCACUGCUGGAGGCUCUCAAACUCGAGCAGGAGAUUGUGCCUAUUCUGAAGAGCUCACCAGCUGCCAGAAGACGAAUGAUCUAUGUGAAUGGUCAGCUGCAUGUUCUUCCCUCUAGUCUGAUGGGCGCUCUCAAGAAACAAUCCCCAUUCUCACGUCCUCUUGUCGCUGCCCUCUUUCACGAUAUCCGUACCGGCAAAUCCUCUGAACUUCUUGAAGAUGAAUCAAUGUAUAGCUUUGUGCAUCGGAGGUUUGGCCAGGAGAUUGCUGAUUAUGCAAUAAGUCCCAUGAUAUGUGGAAUUUGUGCUGGGAAUGCUAAAGAAAUAUCCGUAAAGUUUCUCAUGAAGGAUUUAUUUGCAAAGGAGCAGCAGUAUGGAGGUGUUGUGCGAGGAAUGCUGGGCAGUGCUCUUAGCUCAAAGAAUAAGAAAACCAACCAGGAUGCAUCGAAGCUGGCUCAAAGAGCAAAAACAGAGAAAUGGUCAAUUUAUAGCCUCAAAGGAGGCCUGGAAACUCUUCCAAAAACCCUUUUCCAACAUCUCAACGAGAACUAUGUUAAGAUAACUCCCAAUUCUGAAUGUAUCAGCAUGAAUUUUGGCAAGAAUGGGGUUGAUUUACAAUUCAGAGACAGCACAGAAGCUACAGAAUCCGUUGUAGCUGCCUUACCGAGCUACAAACUCUCUGAAAUUGUAAAGCAACAGCAUCCAAUGCUCAGUGAAAUGCUCUCUGGGAUCCCCUAUGUGGAUGUUGGAGUUGUUAAUGUUCAAUAUUCCUCUCCUGACGUUCUCAAGGAGCAAGGAUUUGGCUUCUUGGCAGCUCCUUUGGAAAAAAUUCCCAUUUUGGGAGUAAUUUUCGACAGUUGCUGCUUUGAUACGAAGCCCAACACGGUGCUAACGGUCAUGAUGGGAGGUCACUGGUUUAGGGAAUACUUUGGAGAAUCCCCCAAAGAAGGAGAUCUCCUGGCUACGGCACAAAAGUACCUAAAAGAGAUUUUAAAAAUCCAAGAAAGUCCCACUGAAUCCCGCGUAAAUAUCCUCCGGAAGUGCAUUCCUCAAUACAUUGUGGGGCAUCAUGCUCGUGUAGAGGGAAUUAGGAAGUACAUUGUGGACAAGAAGCUUCCUCUGUCUCUCUGUGGAGCUGCAUACGAUGGUGUUGGGAUAAAUGAUGUAAUCCUCUCGGCAAGAUCAGCUGUGGAUGCUUUAAAAGCUAACGGUAUUUACUAAAAAUUUAUCAUUAUUUUACACGAAUUUUUAAUAAUUAAAAUAAAGCAAGAAAAGACAGUUUACGUAAAA